AUAGAAGAAGCUAGCGCCCUCGCGACCCGCUCAUUUCUGCCAGGCGAGAGAAAGCUAGGGUUUGCAGUUGCAAGUCAGCACCUCCGCCGCCGCCGCCGCCAUGGGACACUCGAACGUCUGGAACUCGCACCCCAAGAACUACGGCCCCGGAUCCAGGGUUUGCCGUGUCUGCGGUAAUUCGCAUGGCCUGAUCCGGAAGUACGGGCUGAUGUGCUGCAGGCAGUGCUUUCGCAGCAACGCCAAGGACAUUGGCUUCAUCAAGUACCGUUAAGAAUGGAAACCUCAAAAGAAGCAUGGAUUGGAAAGUUCUCAUCAAACUGUGAUGUUUCAUUGAGGACGAUCUUUAUCAUAUAUUAUGUAAUGACUAUUAAUGUUUGAAUCUGAGUAAUGAACCACUGCGACUAUCCUCUGGAACAAUGUGAAACACAUAAUUUUGUUGCUCUUCAGUCUCAAUUGUGAUGGAAAGGAUGCGCUUGUUCUUAUUUUUACUUUGAUGAAGGAUGCCAGGCACUUCAGUUCGAUGCUAAA